CUGCGCACCGCUUUUCUCAUUUAGGUGAAGGGACAGAGAAAACAGGCGCAGCCGGGACCCCCCUCAGGACCGUUGACUUGCACGCUCCGCUUUUCUUCAGCCAUCACAAUGGAGGUCAUUCAAGUUACAGCUGACCAGCUGGCUUCCAGUCGGAACCAGGGCUACAUCUCCAAGACGUACAGCCUCUCCCAACUGCUAUGGAAACUCUCCCAAGAUCUGCUUGAGGAAUAUGAGAAAAACCAAGGUGGUCCAUUAUGGACACCGGGGUACCCGCCUUCUCCACUGUACCCAGCGGGCGUGCCCCAGCCACAGUCUGCCACCUGGGGGAAUGGCCUGAAUGAUGAAAAACUCCUGCAGCACAACUUCAUAGCCUGCAUUAGCUAUUCGUGUUACCUGCAGGUGGUCCAGCAGCAGCAGCAGGAGCUCAACCCCAAAGCAACUUCCCUGCACACGGUGCUGGAAACCGUGAUUCAGCACAUGAAGACUCUGAUGCACAACAUCGAGACCAUUAUGGUGUCCAUGAAUUUCACAGUGCCCAAGAUCGACCAACCAACACUUCCCAAUUCCAACUCCCACUCUGGCAGUUUUCAGCAGAAGCUUCUGGGGUAUCGGAUCUGCCUGGGUUGUAACUUGUGGCUGGAGAGAACAGUGAAGGACUUUGCACUGCUGGCUAGUAGGUACCCCAGCAGUUUCUAAGAUGUAAUUUGGGUGGGGUGGCUGGGUUGAGUGAAGUGGUGUGUGGGUGAAGUGGUGGUGUUAGGAGUGGUGAGGAUUUCCCAGGUACCUGGUUACCAUCUCAAUUUGGAAUGGUGAAAUCACUAAAAUUUUAUAGCAGUUAGGAGGUCUUCUCCAGAGCAAAGGACCAAAUCUGCAUGCACACACAUAACAAGUGGGGAGGAAAGGGUCCUGGGGCAGGGUCUCUGCCAGUCUGGGUCCACCCCAAAUGAGUGUGCUUUGGGUUGGGGAAAUUCUUCUAAUGAUAAGGUCCAAUUGCCUCCACUCCUAUCAAAUUCCAGGGUGAUUGGUGACCCAACAAAUUGUCCUCCAGGUCCCAUUCCCUAGCCCUAGGAUGUGAAGUUAAGCCCCUCAAUGCAUUUUAGGGUGCAGCUCCAGCAGGAGUUGAAUUUUGGGUUUUUUGGUGUUUCUAGGCACUACAAGACCAUAUGCAUUUCGUUUUAAUGGACCAACGCCUGACACGGGCUUUCCAACGCUGCACCUUCUCUGUUUCAUGUGGUGGUCUUGAUUUGUCCUGCAGACAUGCUGGCCUGGCAAUGUUUCUAAAAUCUCAAGCAGCAACAACAAAGAAAAGUAAAGUUUUAAUUUUGUUAGGGUUAAUUUAUUAUUUGGAAAGGUCCAAUUAAAUGAGGCUAUGAUGCCAACCCUGAGCACAGCGCCCCCUAAAGGCAAGGCCUCAUGCAGGAGACCCAACAAACAGAAGAUGGGCUUAUGGUCCAGUGUUUUUUUUUUUUUUGGGGGGGUGGGGUGAAGGGGGAAUGGGGGGUGGAGAAGGAAAGGGCAAACUUAUUUCUGAUGUAUGCUGGCAGCUUUAAAUUCAGAUGUUACCUGAUCAUAACAUAUUGUGAAGCCAAUACUGAUCUUUGCAAGUGCUCUUCUACUGUACGAUUUGAUUGGAGACAAGGAGUUUCACUAAAACUCUCUGGUCUGCUGAAGAGCUGCAUUGUUUCUAAUAUGCUUCUAGAAUUUGUUCUUUUUUUUUAAUGAAAUAUAAAGUUCUAACUUAUUACUCUGCUAAUAAGAGUGUUGCCACUUGGCAGGUGUGUGGGUGAUGCCCAAUUGCGCCAAUGCUCACUGACUGUAGAUUUCUAUUUUUAAUCCGCUGUAUUUUGUACAUGCAUUUUGCUGGCUGUCAUGCCAGUCUGAAAUAUUUUAAAUAAAGCUGGUCAAACUGGU